AUGACGGAGCAGAAUGGCAUCGACAUCCUGUGCGACGCUGCAGGCUCCGAUCUGCUGCUGUCAUCCGUAUUUCCAUCCGAUACACAGAACCAAACCCAGACCCAGCACUCGCCGCCGCAGAAGAAGGUGAAGCGAUCCGAGGCAUCUCCUCCAGUCGCCGGCUCCGUCACCUCCUUUGCUUCUUCCUCCAACCAUAUCUGCCACAUUUGCAAGCGCGUCUACGAGAGAGCAGAUCACCUCACACGGCAUCUCAGGUCGCACGAGAACGCAAGACCAUAUCAAUGCACCAGGUGUCCCAAGAGAUUCAACCGAGCGUAUGACUGCCCACCAGUCCCAAGCCACUCUCCAUCCAUUCUUGCAGCCAGCUACCCUUCUGCGAGCGACUCGCCCUCUGACAGUGGCACUGUCGCUUCGGCCAUGGGCAACAACGUCCCGCCCGCUCAGAUGCCAAUGCAUGAGGCCAUGGCGCCCACGCCCUUCAUGCCUGAUGUUAUGGGCCAGCACGCCUCGUUGAUUGACCCCAUAUCCGACGACAUGGUUUACUUCAACCCAAUGAGCAACUUCCUCCAGGACAUGGACUUUACAAUGUCCUGGGAUAUGAAUUUCGAUGCCUUUUCUAUUCCACAGUUCGACAUCCAAGGGCCAAGCCCGCAAUCCUCGACGACCAAUCCGGUCACGAGGCCCUCUCCAAGGAACACGAUUAGAGACUCCUCACGCGGCCACUCCGCAUUCAAGCGGUCACCGUGGCUAUGGGACCCCAAGAAGGAAGACUACGUGCAGCAGCAGAAGGAGGGACUCCACAUAGAUGAGCAGUCCAUCUCACAAUCACCCGCAUUCGGGAAGCUCAUGGACAGACCGUCGCGGAGGCUCAAGAUGACCGCCCAUCAACGGGAUCGGAUAUUCUCAAUUGUCCUGGCCCAGAAUCAGGAUCCGGCAAAGGUGCCGUCCUUCCCCACAUUGGACCUCCUCAAUUACCUUCUUCAAGCACAUUUCGUCCAGGAUGAGCACCAAUUUGAUAGUUGGAUACACCCUGCCUCCUUCGACCCGGAGAACGCGCUCCCAGAGCUUCUGGCAGCCAUCAUAUCGAGCGGCGCGAGCUUCAUUUCCGUGCCAGCCAUAUGGCAAUUUGGACUCGCAAUUCACGAGGUCGUGCGGCUGGGAGUUGCGGAUCUGUUCGAGAAGCUCAAUGCCCAUACCCGGAAUCUAAGUGCUCUGCAAACAUUUAUGCUCACCCUGGAUGUGGGGAUAUGGAGUGGAUUCAAGCGCAAAAUGGAGAUAGCAGAGAGUUUCUUGCAGCCUCUCCUGACCAUGCUCCGACGAGCUGGUGCUUUCUCUGCCCCAGCUGACUCUUCCGCCCUGCUCCCGCUGGACUCGGACUCUCCCGAGGCUCUCGAGGCGAAGUGGAAGAAGUUUAUAUCACGUGAAUCUUAUAAGAGGCUCAUACUCCACCUCUUUUCUCACGACGUCCAAACAUCCAUUUCUCUUCAAAGAAACCCAUUGGUCUCAUUUAGCGAACUUGCUUUUACUCUCCCCGCAUCUCGCGACCUGUGGUGCACCCCAACGGCGGAAGCGUGGCGUCAGGUCCAUCACUCCAAGACAACUAUGCCCAGGCCUCUACCGCGCGUCUCUGAAGUGCUUCAUUGUGUCGACGUCCUGGAUGAACUCGAGGAAUUCAUCGACAUUGACUUAUGCUACAGUGCCGUCCUCAACGGCUAUUGGGGCCAAGUCUGGGCUUAUCGCGAAUCUGUUCGUUUCUUCGCAACGGCAAGCAAGGGAGGCACCAAUCGUCUAUGGCUCAAAUCACAACACCAGGAACUAUACCAGGAUCUCAGUGGUUUCUCAUCGAUUAUACAUACGUCGAGUACCCCUCGUAACCACAGCACGCUUCUUGCAAUUGUCGUCGAGCUAUUCCUCAUGAUCAUGCACGUCUCCCCGGACGAGAUUCAAAGAUUCGCGGGAAAGUCCGGAGAAGAGGAGUCGCGCCGCGCGGGCACGUCCUUGGAAGAGAACUGGGCAAACACCUCUGAUGCACGACACGCAAUCUGGCACGCAGGCCAAGUUUUCGCUAAUGCGAAGAGGCUGCCUCCAGCAAGCCUGAGAGGGUUCAACGCGAUCGCCGUCUACCUUGCCAGUAUGACACUCUGGACAUACGGGCUGUUCUGCUCGCCUACUCCCCAAGGUGUCGAUGACGCAGACUCGGGCUACCUGCAGUCAGGGGAUGGGCAGCAAGCGAACACCGGCAUCAGAAGAGCCUCUUCGGUUUCGGGCGGCGGGCCCACCAAGUACGUUCUCCUCAACGAGGAGGAGACGAGAGACACCAAGGCAUUCCUGCAGUUUGACCGUGGCGUGCCCGCGUUGAAGACAUCGCAGGGGGCAGUAGAGCCAUUGUUGGACCCGAGCAAGGUGCUAUCUAUCGCGCGAAGCCUGUUUAGGGAUAACUACCCUGUUCGCACAGAACCACUGCCGCCGCUGGUGGAGAGCCUGGGUAAUCUUUUACGAGAUCUAGGAAGUGGCCUCGCCGGGAUGCCGAGUCGGGUCGCGUCGAGAGUGCAGAGUCAGACAGCCAGUAGGAUGGGUAGCGAGGAGCGAUGA